AGUGUCAGAGUCAGACCCGUGAGUAUAAUCACUACAGCGGUUAUCAGGCUCAGGAGCUUUAAUUUCACAAGUAAAAAGAUUCGUUUGAAACUUGUGGCUGCCGUGUUUAAAAGACUUCAUCAUGGAUGUAUACGAUAGCCUAAUACUGCACGAAACUCCUGAUCAGUUUUUGAUUGAACCCAUUCAUGAUCCGGGGAAUAUUCUGGUCAUCGAUCGUCUUAACCAGGAAUUUAGUCUUAUUGACGGAAAAAAACAUAUCCCUAGUACUUCUAAAAGCAGAUCAAUUUUUGGAAUUGUGGGCACCAUCCGUCUUAUUGCUGGACAUUAUCUGGUUGUGAUCACUAAAUGUUCCAAGGCUGGAAUGGUAAAUGGUCAAGACAUCUGGAAGGUUGACGAAACAGAAAUUAUACCAUAUGCAAGGACAUUUUUACACUUAAAUGAAGAACAGCUUGCAGAAAAUCAAGUGUACAAAGCAAUGAUUGAGCAUGUUCUCAACAUUCCCCACGUUUACUUUUCCUAUACAUAUGAUUUAACACAUUCCCUUCAAAGGCUGCACAACACCAUGCCAGAAUUUUUACAGAUUCCAUUACAUGAAAGAGCAGAUGAAAGGUUUGUCUGGAAUCGUCAUCUUAUUCGAGAUUUCGUCAGCCAACCGCAGAUGGCCAAGUUUGUAUUACCUGUAAUGCUUGGAUUUGUUCAGUCCCACCAUUGUACAGUUAACCGUAAGAAAUUCGUGUACACUCUGAUUUCGCGGCGGUGCUGCUACAGGGCAGGAACCAGAUUUUUUAUGAGAGGCGUAGAUCAAGAAGGCCAAGUGGCCAACUACGUCGAAACGGAGCAAAUAAUUGAAUAUCAAGGCGACAAAUGUUCGUUUAUACAGACUAGGGGAUCGAUCCCAAUCUUUUGGUCUCAGUUACCAAAUUUAAAAUACAAGCCUAAACCUGAAGCAGUGCAGGGUGCUAACCAUUUAGAGGGACUUUCUAGGCAUUUCGACUUUCAAGUUUUGAACUACGGAAAGCAAGUUAUUCUGAACUUGAUCGACCAAAAAGGUGCAGAGGGAAAAUUAGAAAAAGCCUUUUCAGACGUAAUAAAAAGCUUUCGUAGCCCCUUUGUGAAAUACGAAGCUUUUGAUUUUCACCACGAAUGCCGUAAGAUGCGUUAUGAUCGCCUGAGCAUUCUUCUCGAUCGCGUCAGUGCAGAACAGGAAGAAUACGUUUACUUCAUGUUGCUCAAGGACGGAACUGUUGUUAGGCAACAAGACGGUGUUUUCCGAACAAAUUGCAUCGAUUGCUUGGACAGAACUAACGUGCUGCAAAGUCUCUUAGCUCGGCGCAAUCUUCAACAAGUGUUUCUGAAACUUGGGGUUUUGAGUGAAGGUCAACGGAUUGAAGAUCAAAACGAUUUCGAAAAUCUAUUCAAGCAUGUUUGGGCCGAUCAUGCCGAUGUCAUUUCUACCCAGUAUUCGGGUACAGGAGCAUUGAAAACAGAUUUCACGCGCCUUGGCAAGAGGACCAAAUCCGGCCUUCUUCGCGAUGGAGUCAAUUCCCUUGUCCGUUACUACAAGAACAAUUUCGCUGAUGGUUUCCGACAAGAUGCCAUUGAUCUAUUCCUAGGUAACUACGUAGUCGAGCAGAGUCGACUUGUUAUCCGCACUGAUCGCAGCUGGAAAUACUUAUUGCUUCCUGGAAUAUGGUGUAUUGCUACCGCUAUGGUAUUUGUAACUCUUCUGCUCCCAAAUGAACUGAGCACAGAAAGCCUUCUCCAUCUUCUUUUUUGGUCGGGGAUGACGGUAGUCUCCUCGUACUUCAUUAUGGCUAAUGCCAGUGAAUAUGUUGAUUGGCCUAAGCUAGUUGGCCGCCAUCAACCACCCAAACAGCUGGAACUGUAGAGUAAACACGUGCAAGUUGGUAAUUUUUCAAAAUCUAUUGUCCCCAUAUACACGCUAUAAUUUGUUUUUAAAUCUGUAUCUUUCAGUCCUCACAAGCUACCAUAAGUACUCGCUUUCUUGAUUGCAUAGUUCUUACAGAUUAUAUUGUAGUGUUAAUAAAAUUCUACAAUUUAGUUC